UGCAGUAACAGCUGUACAGUGAACAGAGCUUCGCCGUCUCGUCACUAGUGGCGUGCUCAGGUCCUGCAUUAGGAGCGGAUUCAUUUAGAGAGCUUUAUACAUGGCUCGGUGUGACAUUUAGUGACUUCAUAAAACAAGAAGGAAGCCUAACAUCGUAUGUUCUUCCAAAAAAGCGUUUGCUCUUUUAGCAUAUAGUUAAGAAAAGCACAAUGGAGUUUUAUGAGUCUACCUAUUUUAUCAUCCUCAUUCCUGCAGUGGUUAUUACUGUCAUCUUCCUCUUCUUCUGGCUUUUCAUGAAAGAGACAUUGUACGACGAAGUCCUUGCAAAACAGAAACGGGACCAAAAAUUUGCACCUGCUAAGACUGAUAAAAAGAAAACAGAUAAGAAAAAGAACAAAAAGAGGGAAGCUCAGAAUGGGAACCUCCAUGAGUCUGAUUCUGAGAGUACAUCUCGGGACUUUAAGCUGUCAGAUGCUCUGACUACUGAUGAAGAACACCUCAUUCCUCUUCCCUUGGCCUUGACUGAAUCUUCAAGUGGCGUUCGAGAGCGGAAGAAGAAGGAGAAGAAACAUAAGACGGUGCAAGAUGAGCACGUGCCUAAGGAGUCGGAUGGAUCCAAGCCUUCAGGCAAGAAAGUAGAACCAGUCCCUGUUACAAAACAGCCCACUCCACCAUCUGACUCAGCAGGAUCCAAGAAGAAACCUGGGCAGAAGAAGCAGAAAAAUGGAAUGGAUGACCAGGAUGCAAAGAACGAUUUAUUUGCCUCUCUUGGCAAAAAACAAGACCCAGCGGCGUUUCAUCAGGAGAUCAAACAAGAAAGUGCAUCUGGAAAAAAAAAAGUUUCCACAAAGAAACAAAAGGUUGAUAAUGUUACAGCUUUGGUGGAGGAACCUCUUAUUCAAGCAACUACUUAUAUUCCUUUGAUGGAUAACUCUGAGCUGAACCCUUUGGUGGAGAAAAGAGAAGUGGCUGAUUUGGCGAAACAGGAUAUCAAUGAGGGGCUCCAAAAAAGCAGUACUAAGAAACUGAAAAAUGAAACAGAUAAAGAAAAUGCUGAAGUCAAAUUCAAAGACUUUCUCCUGGCUAUGAAAAGCAUGAUCUUUACUGAAGAGGAGGCCCUCUCUGUGGUGGAGCUGCUGAAGGAGAAGUCCACUGUGGUACAGGAUGUCUUGCAGAAGGCUAGUAAAGGAGAUUCAGCGGCAGUGAUGCAUCAGCUGCAAGACAAGGACAAGAUGCUUGCUGCUAUGAAGGAAGAGGCUGCUGUAGCCAGAGAACAGUGCAAGCAGCUAACCCAGGAGCUUGUCACGGAGAAGGAGAGAAACAAUUUGGUUACAGCUAAGAUGAGAGAGCGUAUCAACACGCUAGAAAAGGAACAUGGUACUUUUCAGAGUAAAAUGCAUGUUGGCUAUCAAGAAGCUCAGCAGAUCAAGAUAAAGUUCCAGCAACUUCGUGAGCAGAUGGAGGCUGAGAUAAGCCACCUGAAACAAGAAAAUGGUAUCCUGAGAGAUGCUGUCAGUACUUCUACCAACCAAAUGGAAAGCAAGCAGUCUGCUGAGCUGAACAAACUGCGUCAGGAGUAUGCCAGGCUUGUGAAUGAACUGGGGGAGAAGAACAAUAAAUUGCAGCAAGAGGAACUCCAAAAGAAGAAUGCUGAGCAAGCAGUUGCUCAGCUCAAGGUCCAACAGCAGGAAGCUGAGAGAAGAUGGGAGGAAAUCCAGACCUUUCUCAGGAAAAGAACAGCAGAGCAUGAAGCAGCACAGCAAGAUGUGCAGAAUAAGCUUGUGGCCAAAGACAAUGAAAUCCAGAGCUUACACAGUAAGCUCACAGAUACAAUGGUGUCUAAACAGCAGCUGGAGCAAAGGAUGCUGCAGUUAAUGGAGGCUGAACAGAAGAGAGUCACUGCAGAGGAGUCUAUGCAAAUGCAGGUUCAGGAGCUGUUGGAGCAGAACGAGGCUUUGAAAACUCAGCUUCAAAAGUUUCAUUCGCAAAUGGCAGCCCAGGUACACCCCCUUACCUCUGCUUCAGUCCUGGCAGAAGAACUACACAAAGUAGUUUCAGAGAAGGACAAACAGAUAAAGCAGAUGGAGGAGACGUUGGCUAAUGAACAUGCCAGUUUAACUAGCAAGGAAGAGGAGUUCAAGGCUGUGCAGAAUAUGAAUUUAUCCCUGAAAACAGAAGUGCAGAAGUUACAGGCUCUGACAAAUGAACAGGCUGCUGCUGCCCAUGAACUGGAAAGGAUGCAGAAAAGUUUUCAUAUGAAAGAUGACAAAAUAAGAACACUUGAAGAGCAGCUACAAGAAGACCUUGCUCAGAUUACAAACACAAAAGAAGAAUUUAAGGCUGUGAAGGAGAAAAACAAAGCUUUGCAGCUGGAAAUGCAGAAGCUACAGGUUCUCUUAUCUGAGCAGACUAACAAAGAGCUCUUGGAGCACUUGGAAAGAAGUAUUAGAGAAAAGGAUGAUAAAAUAAAGACGGUUGAAGAGCUGCUUGAGGCAGGACUCAUAGAAGUGGCUAAUAAAGAGGAGGAGCUGAAGGUACUGAGAACAGAAAAUUCAUCCUUGAAAAACGAGGUUCAAAAUCUGCAGAGUCAGCAGCUGGAUCAGCCAUUGGUGGAAGAACUUCAGAAAACAAUCCAUGAGAAGGAUGGAAAGAUAAAAUCAGUGGAAGAACUCCUGCAGGCUGAAAUCCUCAAAGUUGCAAACAAGGAGAAGACAGUUCAGGCUUUGGCACAGGAAAUAGAGACUCUGAAAGAAGAAAUAGGAAAUUCCAAGCUUGAGAUGGAAAAACAGGUGUCGUUUGCUUCACAAGUCAAGGACCUUCAGAUUCUACUGAAGGGGAAGGACGAGCACAUGAGAACUAUGGAGGCCUUAUUGGAAGAGAAGCAGAAAGAGAUUGCCAAGAAAGGAGAAUGGUUGCAGGGCCAGCAGAAUACCAUUGCACAACUGACCAGUAAAGUUCAGGAGCUAGAACAAUGGAACUUGCAACAGCUACAGCAGGUAUCAGCUGCAUCACAAGCCCAGGAUCUGGAAAACCUGCUGAAGGGGAAGGAAGAACAGGUGAAGAGGAUGGAGGCUUUGUUAGAAGAAAGGGGGAGAGAAAUCGCAAGCAAAGUAAAACAGUUGCAGGAUGUAACAAAAGAGAACGAACUGUUCAAAGUUCAAAUUCAAGAAUUAAAGCAAGAGAGCUGUAAACAGGCAUCUCUGACUGUCCAAAGUGAAGAGCUGCUGCAAGUUAUUGCAGGAAAAGAGACCGAACUUACCAGUCUCCGAAAUGAGCUAGCAUCUUUGGGCAAUGCUGUUGAGCAACAGAGGAAAAAGAACAAUGACCUUCGGGAGAAAAACUGGAAAGCAAUGGAAGCAUUGGCAUCAACUGAAAAAUUGCUGCAGGACAGAGUGAACAAGACUGCCAAGGAAAGGCAGCAGUACAUGGAGGCAGCUGAGAUGGAGACCAGAGAAUUGCUGCAGAAACUCUUUCCGAAGGUGUCUCUUCCUUCCAACUUGAGCCAUAGUGACUGGAUCCAUAGGUUUGAAAAGACAGCAAGAGAAUAUUUGAGGGAGUGUUCGGGGUCAGAGGAGGUUAAGGUUAUGGAGCACAAGCUGAAAGAAGCGGAGGAGAUGCAUAUAAUGCUGCAGUUGGAGUGUGAGAAGUAUAAAGCAGUCCUGGCUGAGACGGAGGGGAUCUUACAAAGGCUACAAAGGAGUGUGGAAGAGGAAGAGAGCAAAUGGAAAGUAAAAAUUGAAGAUUUGCAGAAGGAACUUAGACAGAUGCGUCCUCUGGAGCACGAGGUAGAGAGAUUAAAGGAAGAAAUCAAAGAAGUUGAACAUCUUAAAAGAGAGAGAGAACAUUUGGAAAGUGAACUAGAAAAGGCAGAAAUAGAACGAUCUACAUAUGUUUCAGAAGUCAGAGAGCUCAAAGAUCUGUUGACUGAAUUGCAGAAAAAACUUGAUGAUUCAUAUUCUGAAGCAGUAAGACAGAAUGAAGAGUUAAAUUUGCUGAAAACACAGUUAAGUGAAACACUAUCAAAACUUAAAAUUGAUCAAAAUGAGAGGCAGAAGUUGGCUGGUGACCUGCCCAAGGCCCAGGAGUCGCUGGCAUCUCUUGAGAGAGAAUUCGGAAAAGCUGCAGGGGACGCCAACGUUAUUGAGAACAGCGAUGUUUGCUCUGAGCCAGAACAGAUGGAUAAAAGAUUGAAUGUGGCAACAAAUCUUAACCAGGACAUAGGCCAUCUCAAGAAGCUGCUAGUGUCAGUAAGCCAAAUGCUCUCCAAGGGAAGAGAACACUAUCAGCUAGUAGACUGAAGUCCCAGGAGAACUGUUAAUUUGAGGAUAGCAGAAGGCAUUGUAUUAUAUUUUGCCAAAUUAAAGCCUUAUUUAUGUUUUCACCCUUUCUACUUCGUCAGAGACACUGAACAGAGUUUUGUCUUUUCUAAUCCUUGUUAGACUACUGAUUUAAAGAAGAAGAAAACUCUGUAGACACCUCCAGAGUUUAGUUUUAUAAUAAAAAUUGUUUGGAUAAUUAGACCUUUACAUUCCUGGAGAUACAGUAAACAUGUAAUCUUUUAUCUUAUUUUGCUCAAUAAAACUUGUUCAGAAAAGAAUCCAGCGUGGUAAAAGGCAACAAUGAACUAUAACAUUUUAAUACUGGUGUUGUACACUGUUUUACUUAGAUACAUUUUUGGGAGUAGCUGCCUCUGACUUCAGCCUCAAGUAAACACUCCUUUUUUUUGGUUGCUAAUGUAAUCAGUUUUUGUAAUGGUGUCAGCAAAUAAAGGGAUGCUUAUUAUUCAAGGA